UAUUUUCUACGAUGAUUUAGUUGUUAUGGUGAGGUGAUUAUCAGUUAUAGCAUCAUAAACAGCAGCGCUUUUGUCACAUAGUAUUGUUUGACAUUUUGUAAAUGGAUUUUCUGAAGUUCUUUAAGAUGUAUUUGCUUGUUGCAAUACUCGUUGUUUUGUGUCCAAUAGUUGCAUGUCAAAGUUGCAUAGCACCGAAAGGAAGCAGAUGUAUCCCAAUCGGGAGACCACCGGCAUCCUGUAUAACGAAAAUUGAGAAUGGCACGAGUUUAACGUGGUUCCACAUGCAGGAAAAUUGUGUUAAAAAUAAAGGGAGACUGAUAUGGCUUAGAGAUGAUUUCAAUACUAGUAAUUUAGCAGCCACGGAAACAACGUUAACUGGCGGAAACUUUAGCAAAACAGAUUUUCUUGUGAUUGGACUUCUACACUCAAUGAAAGGAGAUGAUUUGAAUUUCUGGAGGAACCCUCAUGACAAUGAUACACUGUCUUGUGGAACAGAAGACACGGCUUUAUGUUUGCAAUCACCUGCAACAGAGAAACAGUGUAACAUAAUAGGAUGUUGUUGGCUACACGGAAAAUGCCAAUAUCCAGAGCGUCAAUGGCUGUCUGAGAAAACCGGAAGUGACGUCAUAGAUACAACAGCAAUCUCUGGGGGUUCAGACAGAAGUUGCGUUGGACUACAAAAGAGCGGCAAGGAUUGGUCAUUCAAAGCAUUUAGCUGUUCUUCACCGCCGGCUUCAAAUACAGGAUAUGUCUGUGAAUACAAGUGUCAGCCAGACUGGUCGAAUAACGGAUUGAAGAACGUGACAUGGCCUAGGAGCGGCUCGACCGGAGUAAGUUCAACAGCGGCCUACUCCGACACUACUGGUCAUGUGAUAACGACCACCGAUAGAAACAAGGCGGCAAAGGAUUUCAACAAUCAAGUGAUGUCCACGAUUUGCGGUUUAACUGUAAUGCUAAUGUGUUAUAUGAAGUUACCUUUCAUGUAAAGUAUAGGUAGUGUGGUAUAGAUUGACUGACCUACUUUGUUUUGAUUUUCAUUCUUAACAUAACCUAUUGAAAAAAUAAUAUGUUUCAUGCAGUUAUAAAAUAAGGCUUUAGUUUUCUGUGUUAAGUGGUCAAAUCGUAAUUUUACCAAUCAAACAACUCGUAGCAAUUUAUCUGAAAG